GCAUAAGUAGAGCCCCACAGCGCCCCCGCGUGGACACUAAGUUGAGAACUCUCCGUGCACACGCUGCUUCUGCUCAGUCGGAGUCGGAAAGAUGGUGGCCCUCGUUCGAGUCCUAAAGCUGCUCCGACGAUAUAAACCAGCGAUUUCCGCCGCUUUAAUCAUCUUACUGAUUCAAGGACUCGUGGUAUGGAGUCUGAGGAGUCUGGAAGAAGGCGAGGCGGAAAGGAAAACAAGACGGUCUAAGCUUCCGGACCACAACAGCCAGGACUCGAAGAAAGACGGCUCGCUUUGGGAAAAAGCAAAUUCUUUAUCUGUGAAGAACAGAGGCAGAUGGAGCUCCAGGUUGGAGAGGACGGGGGGCACAGCAGCCAGCGCUCAGAGGAAAGGGAGCAGCCGCCGAGGAGGAAACGCCAGAGCCCGACAGAAGACCCAGGAUCGCGGGAUGGCGGCGGCAGGACUGGAUGUGGUCCCGCACGAUCCGUCCAGCAGCCGCAACUUCAGCGAGAGCCGCGACGGAGCGGCUAAAGUACCGGCUGCYCUCUUACCCGGGGAGCCGGGCAGCGUGGACGGCGCGCACCAAACUCCCAUCACCGACUUCAUGCCCAAGUGCAAUAUUGUCGGCAAGGACGCUCUUUCGGCUCUGCACCGYGCUGCCACCCAGCAGUGCAGGCAGGAAAUAGCCAACCUGGUGUGCCAGCAUCAGGCUGGACAGCUCAUGCCCGACAUUCUUCCCCAGUUCUGUCCUCAAGUUGGCGUGUCGCAGCCAGUGCAGACAGCAGGAGAAGAGGAUUUCAGCCUGUCCAAGGUGGAGAAUCCUGUCAGGGUGGUUUUUGUUCUGAUGGUCCACGGCCGGGCUGUUCGGCAGCUGAAGCGUCUCAUCAAAGCCUUGUAUCACAAAGACCACUAUUACUACAUCCACGUAGACAAGCGGUCUGGCUACAUGCAUCGAGAGGUGCUGMGGAUCGCUGAGCUGUACCCGAACAUACGAGCCACGCCCUGGCGGAUGGUCACCAUCUGGGGAGGAGCCAGCCUCCUGAAGGCCUACCUGCACAGCAUGCAGGACCUGCUAGCCAUGCAGGAGUGGAAGUGGGACUUCUUCAUCAAUCUCAGCGCCACAGACUUCCCAACCAGGACCAAUGAUGAGCUGGUGGCGUUUCUGUCGCUGCACAGAGACAAGAACUUUCUCAAGUCCCACGGGAGAGAGAACGCCAGGUUUAUUAAGAAGCAGGGCCUGGACCGUCUCUUCCACGAGUGCGACAACCACAUGUGGCGUCUGGGCGAGCGCAGCAUCCCAGAGGGCCUGGAGGUGUCCGGUGGCUCCGACUGGUUCGCGCUCACCCGUCGUCUCGUGGAGUACGUCAUCACCUCCCAGGACAGGCUGGUGUUGGGGCUGAAGCAGUUUUAUUCCUACGCUCUGCUCCCGGCGGAGUCCUUCUUCCACACGGUGCUCGGGAACAGUCACAUGUGCGACACCCUGGUGGACAAUAAUCUGCGAGUCACCAACUGGAACCGCAAGCUGGGCUGUAAAUGUCAGUACAAACACAUUGUGGACUGGUGCGGAUGCUCUCCCAACGAUUUUAAACCACAAGAUCUCAUCCGGAUUCAGCAAUUAUCUCGUCCGACAUUCUUUGCCCGCAAGUUUGAGUCGACGGUGAACCAGGAGGCCAUAGACAUCCUGGACACUCACCUGUACGGUCAGUACGCACCAGGAACUGUUGCCCUCAAGGCGUACUGGGAGAACGUGUUUGAGCAGUCGGACGGUGUGGCCUCCCUUGGCGAUGUGGCUCUCACUGCUCACACUUCAUUCCUCCGUUUGGCCCUCAAGAACCUGAGGAGCACUCAGAGCAACACUGAGACCUGCAGAUUUGAACCAGUGGGCCACCCCCUCUCUAUACAUUUGUACUUUUAUGAUGACCAUUUCCAAGGUUACCUGAUCCGUCAGGAGGUCCAGGCUGCAGGAUCAAAGRACAUAGAGGCAUUGGAGCUGUGGGCCGUCCCUCAGUCCACGCUCAUCCUUGAAACGGAUCUUAAAGAGUUCGAUAGGCUCAAGAACCUGGAAAUCGGAACAGAGUGGGACCCCAAAGAAAGGAUCUUCCGUAACUUCGGCGGAAUCAUCGGCCCUCUGGACGAACCCCUGGCGGUCCAGAAGUGGGCCCGYGGUCCAAACCUCACCGCCACCAUCGUGUGGAUCGACCCGGCUCUGGUGGUGGCAGCAUCUUACGACAUCACCGUAGACAUGGAUGCAGACUACACGCAGUACAAGCCGCCUCUGCAGCACCCUCUGAGGCCCGGCUUGUGGACGGUGCGCGUGUUAAAACAGUGGAAGCGCAUCGCUGAGGUUCGCUUCCUCGUCAUUCCGCUAACUUUUAAUAAUAAGGAGCCGAUACGCAAAGAUGAGGACAGCUGGCUCCAUUCAGGCCCUCCAGGUAACUUGUACCUGGAUCAGAGCUUCCAGCAGCUGAGCUCGGUCUUGAAGCUGCCUCCCCAGCAGCCAGCCCUGCAGGUGGCCCAGCAUAACUCUCAGCUGGUGGGCCGGCCCCUCGAGGCGUGGCUGGACAGCCUCAUGGGGACUUCCUGGGUUAUAGGUGACCUGUGCACCACAAAGACCUCCUCUUGUCCAGCUUUGAGAUCUUGCUCCAAGACCACCUGGAGCUCUUUGUCUCCUGACCCAAAGUCYGAACUUGGUCCAGUGAAAAGUGACGGACGGAUCAGGUAGCCCGGAGAGAAGAGAGACUGCAAAAACUUGGACUGCACAGAAAUCCUGCUGGAGAGCUGAAACCCACAUCAGAGAAUCUGUGUGAACUCUGAGGUCAGCAWUGAGGGAACAUGAGCUUCCUUCACCAAGAAGUUGUUGUUAAAACAGACUUUUACUAAUUUGACUGCUGAAAUUUUGCACAAAGACAACUACAAGUGCAAACACUUGUAUCAUUUCUUGCCGAAUGGGUACAUGAACGCCAGAUGUACUGCUUUGAGUUUAGCAGGUCUUCAGACACUCGGCUGCCAUAGUUCAAGAAACUGCGCUCAUCUGAACUCAGUUCUUGUUUUCCUGUUUUGAAAGGAACAAGAACAACAGACUCUGAGCUGUGCUCUUCUCUUCAUGUCAAGGGAGAACAGAACCUCUGAAUCKUAUUAUUGCGCUUAUUUUAAAGCAUUGGUAUGCGAGCGUCCACAGCAGACAGGUGAAGUGCACUUUACUUUAAGAUUAUAAUGUUAUAGAGUUCACUCCCUCCAUGUGUGAGGAGGAGGAGAAUGUGAAAGGUGAUGGAAAAGGUCUCUAAAUCUUCAUAUAGCUGAAGGCAGAUACCUACAGAGUCACCUGUUUUUGCACAGAUACAUCACAGAUACGUUAACUCUAACUGAAGUUAGGGGGAAAAUAGUUUUUUAAUUAUGGUCUUUUAAAAAAUCUGUUUCUCAUGACAUAUAUUCAAACAAGUCAUUUUUAAACAUUUUUCAUCAGUGCUUGGAGUCCGUGAGUCAGCGGAUGAACACAGCAAGGAUUUUUUUCACAGUUCCUUUAAAGCAGGUGCGUCUAAUCCUGGUUGCUUUUCUGCAUGUUUUGUUUUCUUGCUCCAACACACCUGACACAUUGAUCAAAUUGCCUCUUCAAGUACUGCAGAACUAUUUAGUUAAGUCUGCCGUGUUGGAGCCAAGUAACUUCUAAAGCAGGAUUGAGCACCGCUAACAAACAACUGAGCUCUACAUGGUYUUUCCUGCAUAGAAACAGUGUUUUACCACAUCCUCUUAUA